AUGCCUUGCAACGCCCGCCGUCCUGCUGCUUCGCAAGCCCAUACAAAGACUCCUACACUGUGCCUCAGUCUCCCCAAACUACCUGUUCCAGAAGUUCCAGAUAAUGGAGAGGAUCCGGUCAAUGAUGAGAUGGAGGAGCAGGUGGAUGAGAAGGAUAUAGAGACUCAGUCUGAGGAUCCUAUAUCUUUUGACAUUAUUACUAAAGUUGUUAAAAUCAACAUCGCCGCUGUCUGGGUCUUUGAAGACAACGCCUCUGAUGAGUGGGCUGACCAGAACCAUCUGUGCGGCGUCUACCAGCAUGAGGUUGUCCUCUCUGACCCUGUCAUUUUAGCGUGGAAUCAGGAGUAUGGUGUCACUAAUCUAGGCUCUGAUGGGAUCAGCUCCUUCUUCAGCCAGCACAAAUGCAACAACUACUGUCAUCCCACUUGGACACAGCCUGCUCGCCGGGUUCAGCAUUUCCGCCCAGUGCCAGAACGAGAUAUUUCGGCUGAUGAAAGAGCAUUCCAGAGAGUGCAAGUUGGAGAGAUUAUGAAGCCAGCGUCGGAGGGGCAGAAAGGGGAUCCACUGCGCUGGGCAGAAUCAACAGACAAGAAGCAUGGAACCAGCGUCCAUUCGGAAUUAGAAGGGCUGAUCAUCUCUGCCCUCAAGAAGAAGAUCGACCAUCCCAUCAAGGGCUACCGAUAUCUGUUCCGCACUGAUCACAUUAUUCUCCACGAGUCUUUGCAAUGCCUCCCCAACCCAGUUUUGACAAUUCCAAUCGUCCAAGUUGUUGUUGACGGGGACUUGCGCAACAAGUGCCUAAAGCGUAUCAAGAGACUGUGGAGUCGCGCCCACGAUGACCCGACUAGCUAA